GUGUUUGUUUUUCAGGAAUGACUCAAACUUUAUAUUUCAGCGUUCUUCUCAUCGCUCUCUGUUCAUUAUCUGAAUGCAUUCAGCACCGCUAUCACCACAUAAACAUGAAUAAGACCUGGACUGAAGCUCAGAAAUACUGCAGAGAAAACUACACAGAUCUGGCCACAGUCAACAACAUCAAUGACAUGAAACAACUGAUCAUGAGUGUGAAUAACAGCCUGUUGACUAACAUUAAGGAUUUGUUUGUCUGGAUUGGAUUGAUGAAUACAGGUGUUUAUAAAUGGAAGUGGUCUCUGGGUGAUCCUGUGAAUUAUGUAAACUGGUCUAAUGGAGACUCAAAUGGUCCAGGUCAUUGUGUUUAUAUGAGAGAUGGAUCAUGGCGUCAUCAGGACUGUAGUGUGAACAAGAGAUUCAUCUGCUACAAUGAGAACAGUAAAGGAUUCAUCAUUGAAACAUCUGUUAAAACAUGGAGAGCCGCUCAGAUCUUCUGCAGACAGCAUCAUACUGAUCUGACCAGUGUGAGGAAUCAGACUGAGAAUCAACAGAUUCAGAAGAUCAUGAAUGACACAAACAUAUCUGAAGUCUGGAUUGGUCUGUUCAGUGACUCAUGGGAGUGGUCAGAUCAGAGCGACUCCACAUUCAGAUACUGGAACUUUGGUGAACCUAAUGGAGGAAAGAGACCACAAUGUACAUCAGUCAAUGUAAAAAGGCAGAAAAAAAUGUAUGAUGCAGGUUGUUAUAAACCCGUCACAUUUGUGUGUUAUAAAGCUCUUUCUACACCUUCUGGAUUGGAAAUAAACACCUCUUUGGGAACGACCCCUCAUGCUGAAGAUCUUUGGGAGGAAGAGGUGGUGACACAGUUACCCGAGGCAGACGAUAAUCUGAUAUUGAUUCAGAAGAAUCUGAGCUGGUCUGAAGCUCUGAGAUACUGCAGAGAGAAUCAUGUGGAUCUGGUUUCAGUUGAUUCAGAAGAGAUUCAGCGCUGGGUGACAGACGUGAUUGAUGAGUCCUCUACUGACGCCGUGUGGAUGGGGUUACGUCACUCCUGUGCUGUUGGUCUUUGGUUCUGGGUGAAUGGAGAGAUGGUCUGCUAUCAGAAUUGGGCUCCAGGGAACGAAACUGCAGUGGAUGACUGUGACCAUGAAGUGAAAUCUGGAGCAGUUCAGACCGGUGAUGACAAUCUUCGCUGGAUAAGCAUUCCUGAAUCUGGCAAACUCAACUUCAUCUGCAGCAGAAAAUGAUCAAAUCAUUUGUGUCUAUCACUUCACGUGAAACACAUUUUUGUUCCUGAUAUAUUUUCUGUUUUAGAGUUUGUAUUAAGAUUUGUUGUUAAAGUUGAAGAAUUUUACAGGCAUUUGCAGAUUAAAUACAACUUUGCAUUGUGCCAUCUCAAGCUAAUUUAGUAUAUUUUUAUUUUGGGAUAAAACUUAUUUUCUAUGAUCAUUUUGUAAUCAAGUUUGUAAUCUUUACAGUUCCUGACCAUUUUGUGAACUGUUGAAUUAUGUAAAAUUAAUGUGUAAGUUGUAUUUUGGAGUUAACUCAUCAAUUAAGAGAAAACGCUGGUAACACUUUAUUUUACGACCCGCAAAGUACCGCGUAAUUAAACCGAAUUUACAGCGUACCUAUUUGUAACAACAGAGUACCUCUAUAGUAUGUACUUGUAGUUAUAAGGGAACAAUAUUUUAAGUUUGGGGUAAUAAGGGGGUAAGAAUAUAUGGAAAAUUAUUCUCUAAGUAUUUCACUACAAGGUACCUAUUGUAAUAUUACGUGGUAUGUAUGACUUAUGUCUAUGGGUAAUAUGGUCUAUGUGUAAUAUGUUUUUUUUUCAUAUUUGCUACUUACCUGAUGAAGUGUUUUGUAUAGCCUACAGUUGAUGUCUACAAGCCACGUCGGCAAA